CGAGCAAACCCAGCGAGUGUUCAUUUUGCGCAAAAAAUGAAUCGAACAAUUGGCCGCCAUUUCGCGGUGACCAAAAUUACCUUCGCGAAAAAGGAAAAGAAAUUUCCAGAUUUUCAGAUACGCCAAUUUUACACCCCUUCCGAAAUAGGCCUGCCAGGUAGCACAACUUUCUUACCACUCACUUUACAACGAAGAGGAGAGGAACAUACCAUCCCGUGAACGCCUUUCCUGGGGUUGCGGAAAUACGAAAAAGAGAAUUAACGCAAAAUUGGGGCAUAGCGAGAAAACGUAUCUCAACUGUAAUGUUCGAGCAAGGGGAUUCCUCGAAGGAGGCGCAAAGCAAAAGUGGAGACGAAUUGUCAGAAGAAGAUCUCAUCCCAAGCUUCCAGGACAUCUGGGACAGUCUGGACAAAUAUGAUGAGGAGUACACCCCCUCAAGUGAAAUUCAGAAGUAUCACAAUUCUUUGCAGAAGAGCCUCUACAACAUUCUGUUUUCCAUUAAAUAUUUUCGUAAACGAGUUAAACAUUGAUGCGCAGUUUUUGAAGCUCGUGAACAGAUACGUGAAGUUUAAAUUGCAAGGAAAUCAAACGGACGAAAAGGACAUAUCCAGAUUAGCAAGGUUUCACCUAAAAAACCAGAAAGAUGACGAUGAGGACGAACUGGUCGUGGAUGAAGAAGUGGGGGUCUUCCCCACCAAAUGCCCCAUUUCGCAAAUGCCUUUUGAAAAACCAGUGACGCAACGGUUUAGCAAAAAUAGGAAGGCCUGCGUGCACACGUUUGAGAAAGCGUUCAUACUCCGAUUGAUGCAAAAUAAAGACACGAUCGAAUGCCCCAUAGCAGCUUGCAAAAAGAAGGUCUACAAAAAUAGCCUGCACCCUGACUACGAAUUUUUGCAUCAUGCAAGGUACAAAAAAUUCCGAGACAACAUUGCGGAGGCGAAGGAAUACUUCGUCAAUCUGAGGAACGACGAGAGCAAAGGAUUCGACUUCGUUGAGUGAGGCAGGUUCAAACUCUGGAGCAGCACAGGAGAACCUUCUUUUGCAAUUUCCACGUCGGUGGGGAAUUCUUUUUAUUUCGUUUUUUUUUUUUCGGAGUGCACCACUUCUUCGUUACUUUGCGUAAGUACCCUUACAGUGCAACUCUUCUUUUUCCCGACGCGGUUACCCUGCUUUAAUUUUGAUGAGCGCGCCGUUCCGCAUGACGUCGUGAAGGCGCCAUUAAAGUCGUGUUCUUCUUUUACCACUUUAAAAACAAACAAAUGUGUGCAAAAGGUACGUGGGGAUACACAUAUAUAUUUUUAUUCAUAGCAAAACUGCCUACAUGUUUGGGGUGCAGACGAUGAAGUCGACCAAUGUGCACACCAUGUAGCGUCUUUCCUCAAAAAAAAAAAGUUUUAUAGAAGCCAUCUUUUUUUUUUUGUGUGUUCCCCCCAACCUGGCGAAAUUAGAGAAUACCAUUCCGUAUUAUACCUCAGACAUUUUGCUCGUUCUUUUUUAUUUACCCUAACGGGGGUAUGUUCUCAUUUGGAUGUUCAACUACGUGUCGUCCACUCGGCAAACAGUUUUGCGUUCCCAAUUUUGCUAUUCCUUCUGUGUGUCCAAGGGGGGUAGAGCAAAAAGGCGCUUCAAAAUGGUGCCGGCAUAUGUCUACACAUUUGUGCCCAAUUCAUGAUGGCAAAAUUGGGGUACACACGUGGUACGUCUCUCAUUUUGCUUCUCCCUUGGCCGAACGCGGAAAGGGAUGCACCUGUGGAGGACAUUCGCCAAGUGGCAUUCAACCCCGUCAAUGCGAUGUAACCUCAGCAAGUAGGUGUGUCGUGCCGUUCGCUGCCUUUCCUAUUAACCGCUUCGACGGUUAACUGGUCAGAUAAGAACUUGAAGAAAUUCAUUUUAAAAAAAAAUCUUGCUACGUAAAAUUGGCGAAGUAGGGAGGGUAAAAUAACGAGCGAGUGUUUCAUAUAACGCAUGUAGCACUACGCAUGAAUUAUUAUUUUUUUGUCAAGCAGCGUUAUCCAUUUUUUUUUGCAUCGUUCCUUGGGUACAUUCUUCAAUCGGGGCGGAAACGAAUGGAGAAAAUUCCCCCCAAGGUGACUCAACCUAGUGUUUCCUCAAUGUAC